AAAAUGUUAAAAUUUGAUAUACAAUGAUAAUAAAAAUAGUUUCAAUGCAAUAUGAGUAUUAUUAAAAAAGUUUUCCCAUUAUUGUCGUUUAUAAUUAUAUUAAGAUAUUAUCAGUGUAAUGGCAUAAAAUCUGACAUACGGCAUCAUUUAGGUACUCGUACGCCAUAUAGAAUUAAAUGCAACAAAGAUGAUUUUAAAAUAAAGUUUCCUAAUUGUAAAGCACACAAAAUAUGGAUGCUCUUACGCCACGGAUCUCGUCUCCCUAGCGCAAAAGACAUAGUAGGUGCAAAAACAGUUUUACAAAACUUGAAAUAUGAAGUGCUAUUACAGCAUAACAUGGGAAAGGGACUUUUGAACAAGGAGCAGUUGCAAACUUUUGAACAUUGGACUUGUGAUAUGCCAGUGGAAGAAGAGAAAUAUUUGACCUUAGAAGGACAAGAUGAAAUGGUUUUACUAGCUGAGAGAACACAUAAACGAUUCCCAAAUAUUGUUAAGCAAAAGUAUGAUAAUAACAGCUUCCAGUUUAGAUAUACAGCAACUCAAAGAACACAACAGAGUGCAAAAUAUUUUUCAAUUGGGCUGUUUGAUAAAAAUAAUGCUCACAAUGUUGUCUUUGAACCAGCCCUGAAAGUAGACAAUACACUCCGGUUUUACAAAAAUUGUGACAGGUGGAAAAAAGAAGUCAAGAAAAAUCCUGAAACUUUUAAGGAGCAAAAAUUAUAUGGCAUUAGUAAAGAAAUGAAUGAAACAUUAUCAAAUGUUUCUAAAUAUUUGGGUCUUGAUAGGGUGUUGAGUUUGGAUGUGGUAUCACUGAUGUAUAAAAUUUGUGGCUACGAAACGUCAUGGCAUAAACAUUUUGCAUCACCGUGGUGUUGCCCGUUUGACUCUACAAGUAUUCAGAGAUUGGAGUAUUAUUAUGAUUUAAAACAUUACUGGAGCGAUGGGUACGGAUAUAAUCUGACUUUACGUCCGGCUUGUAUGCUUUUGAAACAUAUGUUUCAUACUUUACGGAAUGAGAGUCGAAAUGCGACAUUUUUGUUCGCCCAUUCCGGUACGCUGUUGAAGUUGUUGGCGCAUCUUCAGUUAUACAAACCAAAAUCACAUUUAAGGGGUGACUAUGUUGAUGAUGAUAGGACAUGGAGAGCUUCCAACAUAGAUUGCUUUGCAUCGAACAUAGCCUUCGUCAUGUACAAAUGUAAAGAUGGCGAUAAAAUUUUAACUCUACACCAAGAAAGAGUUAUAAAGCUGCCAAUGUGUGAAAAGGAGCUUUGUCCGUUGAAUCUUCUAGAAGAAUAUUUUCAUAAUUCUAUACACAAUUGUAAUCAUGCUGAUAUUUGUAAUGUUUCGUAAGCUUCAACAGAAUUUAUUUUUAAAUAUAUAUUAUAUACCAGUUC